CUCACAUUCGGGGUCGAGUGACCCUUUGUCAGGUCCGUGCAGAGAGAAGUUAGAAAGUGUGGGAAAGGAGCAGGGGACAGAAUGGAAGAUCCAUGUGAAACGUGCGUGAGAUGAGGGAUUCUCUGAAAAGUUUCCAAAUUGGAGCAGUUCAACUGGAAAAUGAUGCAGCGCUACAUAGGUUUGCAUGGAGUUUCACUGGAACAGGGUGGGAGCCCGGGUACUGAGAACUCACCGCCGGAGAGUUAAAAACUCUGCUCUGCAGUUGUAGACAGAAUGGACAGAGAGAGAGAGAGAGAGAAGUCAAAUGAUGAUGGAAUGCCAUGCACGGUAAUCUGAUGUAUUGAUCUGAUCCCGAUCUCCACGCAGUUUGAUGUCAGGAAGCUGAUUUACCAGGUCGUUGAUGAGCAGAUGCAUCUGAAGGAUCAUAUCUCUCCAUCUCUGGGUCAAGUGCAACACAAAACAACUCUCUGAAUUUGGAAAGGACGUCAAUAUCAUUUCUGAGGAUUUGCUCCAGUGCCCUUUUCAGAUACCUCCCGUCCUGAUAACAGCCUUUUGAGUUAUGUGUUAUUGAUAUCGCAAAUGCUUGAUGAUUUCAGUAAGAUUUGGACUGCAUAAAGAUCAACGAUGUGUUCAUUUGACAAUAACAUCUCAUGUGCCACUGUCAUUGGCCUUGCUUACAACAGCAACACAAGCUGUGACAUUGAUGCUGAAUUCAGAUACAUACUGUUUCCUAUUGUCUAUAGUCUCGUCUUCGUCCUAGGACUCGUUGGGAACUGCUAUGUGCUGUGGGUGUUUAACCGGAUGUCUCCUGCAAACAGCAUGACCGAGAUUAAAAUCUUCAUGGUGAAUCUGAGUGUGGCUGACCUCCUGUUUAUCUUGACGCUUCCUUUUUGGGUCGUGUACUACAGUACUAAAGGACACUGGAUCUUUAGAGAGAUCCCCUGCAGAGUGGCUGGCUGUCUAUUUUUUAUCAAUACCUACUGCUCCAUUGUGUUUCUAGCAGUGAUCAGUUAUAACAGAUACUGCGCUGUGGCACACCCCAUCGAGACAGUUCAGAAAAAUGGCAGGAAGAGAGGCAUUAUUAUAUCAACAAUUAUCUGGACUGUAAUCAUUGUCAGUGCAGCCCCCUUCCUUUUCCAAGAUGGAACCAACGAUGUUAAUGGUGUCAUUCGUUGCUUCGAAGGAUAUGAUAAGAAUUCAGCCUUGCCUGUGGUCAUCAUCCACUUUAUCUUGAUUGGAGCUUUCUUCAUUGCCUUUCUUAUAAUAAUCAUCUGCAACUUGCUCAUCCUAAACCUGCUAUCGACAAAAGCAGCCCAGCCGAGCAGGAGUGAGAAGGUAAAGAAGCAAGCUUUCCGCAUGGUGUGUGCUGUCAUCACCGUGUUCUGCAUCUGCUUUCUCCCCCAUCAUCUGGUCCACGGCCCCUGGACCCUCACUGUCCUGGGACUGUGGCGGGCAGAGGACUGUGUGUUCAGGCGGGCAGUGAAUGAUGCACACCAAAUCACGUUGUGUUUGAUGGGUCUGAACUGCAUUCUGGAUCCUAUCAUAUAUUGCUUUCUGACCAAGAAGUUCAGGAGAUUUUUGACACAACGUCUGAGUAAAUGGAAAAGUACCAGGAAGAGCAUUAGGACCAUUUCCACAGAAACCAAUAUAGAUGGAGACAUAGCUUUACAUAACAUGUGCAACUCAUGAAAUGUUGUCACAAAAACAGAAAUUGCUGGAGAGACUCAGCAGGUCUGGCAGCAUCUGUGGAGAGAAAUCAGAGUUAACUUUUUGGGUACAGUGACCCUUCUUCAGAACAUAAAAUGUAGUAAUUGAUAGGACCAAGAUAAUGUUGACUGUAUUUGACUUGUUGCACUUGUUUAUUGUUAUUUUUGAUAUCACUGUUGGUAAAGAUAUGCAUCAUAUUGUUUAAUAUAAUGAGAUAACGUCACACAAUGGGUAACAUAUUCAAUAAUGUUUUUGUAACCCUGCAUUUUAGCUUUCCACAACAAAAAUGCGCAUUUGCACAGCACUUUUGCAAGGUGUUUUACAGAGAGGUAGAAAAGGGACGAUAUGGAUGGAGUGGUUUCUAAAACCUUGUUCAAUCAGAUGGAUUUUGAGAACCUUUUCAAAGAUAGAAAGGAAUGUAGAGAGUUUCAAGGUCUCAAGGAGAGGGAGAAACUAUAGCAUCAAUGUGUCUGAACCCUCUAUAGCUGAGAUAAAGGGAAAGACAGGUUAACAAAAGGCAAGAGUCAAAGGAGCAAAAGGUGUAAGGGGGAAUGUGAGAAUAAAGCAGAAAGGGACGGUGUUGGAGAGGAUAGUGGAAUUUGAAGAUGAGGGUAGGAAUGCAGUGCACCAGAGGACAGGAAGUCAAUGUCUGCAAAUGUGACGUAAUUUAUGUCAAUGUACAAGUAGUUUAGUUUCGAACAGGGAAUUUUUUUGAAAGGCAAGAGGCCAUUAAAGAGAUCAUGGAGAAAUGAAGUCUGGAGAUAACAAAAAUGUGGAGAAGAAUUAG